AAAUAGACCAAUUUUAUCUUUAAUUUUGUAUUAUUUGAAAGUAAUAUACCCUACCAAGCAGCAGCCCCACACCAGCUGCUCAGAACCCAGACUCCAUUAAUAUAACCAAGCUAAGGAAACCAAACAACAUUGCCAUAUUACAACUCUCAUUCCCAAUUUAGAUACAUCAAAAUGAAAUUUCCGUUUUUGUCGAAAACCACCGAAAUAAAAACCACCGCCACCUCUGCCACCUCACCAUGGUUGUGGCCAAGUUGUGCCACCAGCCCCAGAACACAAUCUUUUAGGACCACCACUGAUAAUGGUGGCAAUAUCUACAAGACCAUGCAUUCCGCCUAUAAUCUUGACGACAAAAACAACAAAGAAUUUCUCGGCCCUUUCGGAAACCAUCACAGAGAAAUCUCGAAUCCUGCGAAACCCGAAAAUAUUAUUGAGUCUGCGGUGAUCAGAGGGCUGUUGUCGGAGAGGCUCUUCUUUGAGCCUGGCGAGACGAGUUCUGUCCUGGAAAUAGCAAAAACCGGCGAGGGUCGUGAUUUGUGUAAAGAAAGAGUGGCAAUAAUGGAGGUAGAGUCGAGGGAUCCGUUAGUUGAUUUCAGGGCUUCGAUGGAAGAAAUGGUGGAGGCUCGUCUUAACGGUAUUGAGGACUGGGAGUUUUUGGAGGAGCUUUUGGCUUGCUUUCUCAGAGUUAAUGACAAAAGCAGCCAUGGAUAUAUUCUUGGAGCUUGUGUUGAUUUGCUGAUUCGUCAUCUUGCUAACUCGGAAGCUUCUAAAGAUCUUCUAACUCUGCCAUUGAUGAAAACUGUUCUUCUUCUUAUUCAUCAACUACUACUACUACACAGUGUUCUUUCACUUCUCCUAUGUCGUCUUCUUCUUCUUCUUCGACAUAUUCCUCUAUCGCAGCUUGUUUACCUUCGCAUGGAAACGAGGAUGAGAUCACCAUCCAGAAACAUAAAGACAGCUCGUCGUUAUAAUUUUUGUAUAGUGGUCCUUGUUCAGGUGAAAACGUCUUAAGAGAGCCACCUAGUUCUCGUAUCAACUAUAUUCAUAUUAUUGUGAAUCUUACUGCAGCCAACUAUCAACUAUGGAAAGAAAGAAAAAAAAGCAAAUUAAGUACGAGCCUCAACCCGCUUAUUUCUAUUGGAGAUAUUAAUAUUAAAUGAUACAUUUCACUAACAGCUUAAGCUUUUGGUUGAGAUGAUCAUUCGACAAUUUCGUGAUCGAUCGUUAUCGUGCCGACGUAGUUCCAACAGUGUAUCUAUCUAUAUAUCACUUGAAAGCAACACUUCUUGUGAUGCAAAAAUUUGGAGUGGUCCUAUAUGUACCUAGUUGCUGCAUUAUUGUGAUUCAGAAAUUGAGAAAAUAAAUAAAUGAAGUAC